ACAAGCUGUUAGUUAAUUAGAAUUUGUAAUUGAAGAAUUGCUUUCUCUUCAUAAAGGAAUAGAAACAUUUGUAAAUGUUUUGUUGAGUUUAGAAAAAUGUUGAAAAAGGAAGUAACAGCUUAUAAGAAGAAAUUAACAAAGCUGGUUUUGUACUUUGCAGAUCACCUUCUACGAGGAGAGGAACUUCCAAGGACGUUCUUAUGAGUGCAGCAGUGAUUGUGCUGAUAUGCACUCUUACUUCAGCCGCUGUAAGUCCAUGCAGGUUCACAGCGGCUACUGGGUUUUGUAUGAAAAGCCUAACUACUUGGGCUACCAGCACUUUCUGCAAAGAGGGGAGUAUCCUGACUUCCAUUCCUGGAUGGGUUACAAUGACUGUAUAAGAUCUUGCCGGAUGAUCCCACCAUAUCAAGGCUCCUACAGACUGAGAAUCUACGAGAGACCUGACUUUAGAGGCCAGAUGAUGGAGUUUACAGAUGACUGCCCCAAUGUCUAUGAUUGUUUCCGCUACAGUGACAUCUUCUCCUGCAAUGUGAUGGAGGGCUACUGGAUCUUCUAUGAACAUCCCAACUACAGAGGAAGGCAGUACUUUUUAAGGCCAAGUGAAUACAGGAGAUUCAGUGACUGGGGCGGCUUUAACUCUACCAUCAGAUCUUUCCAACGAAUGACAGACGGUUUUAUGUAGAUUUAAAAAUGAAUAAGUUUACAAUAAACCUUUUAUAUUGUUCACUGUAUUUGAUUCAUA